AUGGGGCUGCUGGAUAAACUGUCAGGCUGGCUUGGCCUCAGGAAGAAAGAGGUCAACGUUUUGUGUUUGGGUCUGGACAACAGCGGCAAAACUACCAUCAUCAACCAACUGAAACCAUCAAAUCAUUCGAAUCAUUUAGGCCCAUUGUCAGAGGAGUGGAAACAUGUUAGUCAGACACAGGCACAAGAAAUAGUCCCAACAAUUGGCUUCAACAUUGAAAAGUUCAAGAGUUCAAGCCUGUCUUUUACAGUCUUUGAUAUGUCUGGGCAGAGCAGAUAUAGAAACCUAUGGGAGCAUUACUACAAAGAGAGCCAUGCCAUCAUAUUUGUCAUUGACAGCGGUGACAAACUGAGAAUGGUUGUUGCCAAAGAGGAACUAGACACUCUACUCAAUCACGAAGAUAUCCGCAGCAAAAAGAUCCCAGUAUUGUUCUUCGCUAACAAGAUGGAUCUGCGGGACGCCAUGUCUUCUGUCAGGGUCUCACAGAUGUUGUGUUUGGAGAAGAUCAAAGACAAACCCUGGCACAUCUGUGCCAGCAACGCUAUCAAGGGAGAGGGUCUCCAGGAGGGGUUGGACUGGCUACAAGAACAAAUUGCACAAUCAUAUCAAAACAAUGAGCACAUGAACGAGUGAAAUGCCUGUGACCGUGGACAUGAUGUGGAUGUGGUGACUGGAUCUCAUUUACCGCCUGGUGAAUUCAUCACACUCCGUGUUAUAGGCCUUAAACUUCAUUGUUAAAAUCUAGUACUUUUUGUGCACGC